GUGGUGCGUUUGUGCCAGAACCCCAAGGUGGCGUUGAAGAACAGCCCUCCCUACAUCCUGGACCUGCUGCCGGACACCUACCAGCACCUGCGCACCAUUCUGUCCCGAUACGAGGGCAAGAUAGAGAUCCUUGGGGAGAACGAGUAUUUUCGCGUGGUCAUGGAGAACCUGACCAACAAGACUAAGCAGACCAUGAGCCUCUUUAAGGAGGCCAAAGAGAGGAUGUACGAGGAGAACUCCCAGCCCAGGCGAAACCUCACCAAGCUGUCGCUGAUCUUCAGUCACAUGCUAGCAGAGCUAAAAGCCAUCUUCCCAAAUGGCUUAUUUCAGGGCGACAACUUCAGGAUCACCAAAGCUGACGCUGCCGAAUUUUGGAGGAGGUCAUUUGGGGACAAGACCAUAGUGCCAUGGAGGACGUUUCGUCAGGCUCUCCACGAGUUUCACCCCAUCAGCUCGGGCUUGGAGGCCAUGGCCCUCAAGUCCACCAUCGACCUCACCUGCAACGACUACAUCUCUGUGUUUGAGUUUGACAUCUUCACCCGGCUCUUCCAGCCAUGGUCGUCUCUUUUAAGGAACUGGAACAGUCUGGCGGUCACACACCCCGGUUACAUGGCCUUCCUAACCUACGAUGAGGUCAAGGCUCGGCUGCACAGGUUCAUCCACAAACCCGGCAGCUACAUCUUCAGGCUGAGCUGCACUCGGCUGGGCCAGUGGGCGAUCGGCUAUGUGACAGCCGAUGGGAACAUCCUGCAGACCAUCCCCCAUAACAAACCACUCUUCCAAGCCCUCAUUGAUGGAUACAGAGAGGGAUUCUAUCUGUUCCCAGAUGGUCGCGCACAGAAUCCAGACUUAACAGGGCUGUGUGAACCUUCUCCACAGGACCACAUCAAAGUUACUCAGGAGCAGUACGAGCUGUACUGUGAGAUGGGCUCCACUUUCCAGCUUUGCAAGAUCUGUGCGGAGAACGACAAGGAUGUGAAGAUCGAGCCUUGCAGGCACCUGAUGUGCACUUCCUGUCUCACUGCCUGGCAGGAGUCGGAGGGUCAGGGCUGCCCGUUCUGUCGCUGUGAGAUUAAAGGCACAGAGCCCAUCGUAGUGGACCCCUUCCACCCGAAGGCCGGCGGGGCUUCCUUUGCUGGUUUCCAGGGGUCCAGCAGAGCGGAAGCUGCCUGCAAUGACGAGGAAGAGGAUGAUCGCCUGGAGGACCAGCACCUUGUCAUGAGCAGGCUGGCCUGCUCCAAGGUAAGACAAUUAAAUAAUAAUAAAAAGACUCCAUCUCCAGUGUCUCAGCUGCCUCCGGUGCCCCCCGACUGGACUCCUGCAGCAGAGACCUCAGAGUCCCACAGUGCACAGGGACACGGGACCACAGCCAAGGUGUGUACUCACAGAGACAAGCCUCUACCUCUGCCUCCGGCCUUGCGAGAGCUGCCCCCUCCUCCCCCUCCGGAGCGCCCCUCCCUGGUUGUCCAGGACUCCAGACUCCAGAGGAGACCCCUGCCCUCCACCCCCGACCAGCCCGCCUGGGCUUCCAACUACAUGGUUCCGCGUCCGGUCUCCAAAGCCUUGACAUCCGUGUCCUCCGGCCCUCAGAGCAACGGAACCAGCGGAGAGGGAAGCAAACCCACGGCAGCUACUAACGCCGUUUACUGCCUGGCUGCGAGCAACAACUUAUCCAACUAG